AUGAAAGACAGGAGCAAACUUGACCCGGGAAUCAUGAGCAAAAACCUGAGCCCUGUACACCAGUCCGUGAAUCCGGUCAAAAUUACCAUGGCGAGACAUUUCUCCGCACCUCAGCUCAUUAGCCACCGACAUUUGUCUGUUUUUGAAGGACGACUUCAACUGAAUACUGACCACGGACGCACUUUCGUUUGGAGCGGGCUGGCAGCAUUCAAAAGGCUUACCCAAUGA